AUGUCUAUUAUAAAAGCUAGUAAAAAAUCUCCACAUGUCAUUAGAUACUUUGGACUUUCAAAAAAUCCUGCUACUAAUAACUACAUUAUUGUCAUGGAAUACGCUAACCAAGGUAACCUUCAUAAAUACCUUGUAAAUAACUAUAUUACCUUAACUUGGGAGAAGAAAUUAGAAAUACUUAAUUUCAUUAUAAGUGGAUUACAACAAAUACAUAUGAAGGGUCUAGUGCAUGGCGCUUUGCAUAGUGGAAAUUUGUUAGUAAAACAACAAGAUAAAUCAAAUAAUCAGCACUUUUACUUCAGUGAUCUUGGUUUCUCUAGGCCAAUAGAUGUCAAAGAUGACAUGAUUCAA